AUGGCAGCAUGGCUGCUACGAGAGGUGUCCAAGGGGCACGCCUCCCCAUGGGCGCCGUACCUCGCCACGCUGCCCCCCCACGUGCCGCUGCCGUCCCUCUUCCCCCUCGCCACCAUCCAGCAGCUGCAGUGGCGCCCCACUGAAGCCAUGGUGAGAGCUUUCUGGCGCACUGUCCCCUGCCCGCAUCAUCCCCCACAACUUCAUCAUUUCGAUGGCCGGCCCCUCCUCCUUCCCUCACACAUUUCUCAUGCUGCACUGCCAACCUCCAACCCAACCAGCCACCCUGAUGCUGCACCCCACCGCACCUCCCAACCACAGGCAGUGGCAUACCGGCACGCGUACGAGCAGGAGUACCGGCGGUUAGUCAGUGGCCAGGUCAUUGCUGCGCUGCGUGGGCCGUCAACCAAGCGCUGCUGCUUUUCCCCAACACCACAAUGCAAAUCCGCCCCCCGCCCCUCCUUCCCAUCCUCCCCAUCCUCUCCUCCUUCCCUAUCCUCCCCAUCCUCUCCUCCUUCCCUAUCCUCCCUACGCUCCUCAUCCCUCCCUAUGCUUUCUAUUCUUCUCAAUCCGCCCAUUCUUGACUGCCAUCCCUCGUUCAGAGCUCCUCAUAUCGUUUGCCACUCUCGUUGUCCCUUCAUUCUUUCCCCAUUCUUCCACUCUCCUCAUCCCCACUGCCCCUCACUCUCUACCUUCCGCGGCCCUUGUCGCCACACCUCUCCUCGCAUCCCCCUCUCCUUGCAACUUCCCUCCUCCACCAUCCUCUCUCCCCAAGCUCUUCGCCACUAUCUGUUCCACGCCAUUGCUCCCAUCGCCCCCGGUGCUGACCUCCUCACACACUACGGCGUGCGCUCCUCCCACUCCUUCCUCCUCUCCUACGGCUUCUCCCCCCACCCCAACUCCUUCGACUCCCUCCCCCUCUUCCGCUCCUCUUCCGACCUGCUUGAGUUCUUCGCGGAGCAUUAUUUCCCCGGGGAUUUUGGGGAGGAGGAUGGAGAGGUGGCGAGGGGGGUGAUGGGGGAGGUGGAGGAGAGUGUGAAGAGUGUGGGGAGGGUGGUGAGGGUGCUGAUUGGGACUGUGGAGGAUGGAGGUGGGGAGGGGGUGGGGGAGAGGGGGGAUGAGUGUGAGGGGAAGGGUGAGGGGGAGCGGGAGGGGAAGAUUGAUGGGGAGAUUGAGGGGGAAAUUGAAGGGGAGAGGAAGAAGGAGACUACUAGACGAACUGAUGGGGGAAACGGUGGGGAGAGAAGGGAGAGGGUGACCAUUUGUGAGGGGGGCGUAGAUGGAGAAGAGGAGGAGUUGGUGCAGAUCGGUUGUGAUGGGGAGAGAGUGAUGGAGGGUGGUGGGAGUAGUGGUGGAGAGAAGGUGGAAAACAGAGAGUACAGCUUUGAGGCGGAGAGGGGGUAUGCGGUGUGGCCGCAUGGGCAUGUGGACCCUCGCAUCAUGGCCUCCUUUGCUGCUCUCUGGCACCUCUUUGUCUAUGGCCGCGAGCCCCGGCACCAUCCCAUAGCCUGUGCCAGCGUUCUCUACUGCUGGGGCAUCUCCCACCCGGCAUUGCACCCCCUGCGCCCCCGCCUCUCUCCCCGCCUGCUUGCAUGCCUGAAAGCUGCUCUGGAUGGCAUACACGCGCGUUGUUGUGCUGUUAUUGAUGGGUUUGGAAGCCGGUUGGAGGAGGAUGAGGAGGAACUGGCAGGCUUGUUGGCGAGAGAGAGGAGGGGGUUGACAAAGAGGGUGGGGAAGAGGAAGAAUGUGAGGAGGGUUGUGGAGGGAGGAGGAAGGGAGGGUCCCGGAGAAGGGGAGGACGGUCGGAGGGAGGAAAUUAUUGAGAUUCAAGAGAAUGAGGGGAGUAAGGAAAGCAAGGAAAGUGAGAGUGAGGAGAGUGCGGAGGACGGAGGGGACAGGAAAGGGGGCAUAGCGGAGAGGGAGGCAAGGGAGAGGGAGGUGGUGUUGCGGUAUCGGAUAGGGAGGAAGAGGCUGGUGGGGGUAUUGGAGAGGAGACUGAGGAGGUCGCUUACAGGGGGGUUGAAGGGGAUGGGGGGAGGAGAGUUGGAAGAGAGGGCCAUCAUGGGGAGGUUGAUGGAAGGAAGCACCAUGUGGUAG